UAAACGUGCAGUAAACCGGAAAGCAGCAGCAAAGAGAUGGAGGGUGCCGUGCCCGUGGACCCGAGCCAAGCUUGGGAGAACGCGCGCAAGGCCCUCGAGAAGGUGCAGACUAACACUGGCAAGGCCACAACCGGCAAUGAACAACAGGCUGCUCCUCCUGGCUAUGGCGCAGGCUUUGGCUACGGAUUCUGGCCCGGACAGCAGCAGCCCCAGCAGGGGUGCAUGUAUCCCGGCUACAUGGGGUACAACGGUUAUCCACCUCAAGGACCCGGAGGGGCGGGCUACGGCUUCUACCCCCAUUUUAACAUGUACGGUGGCGGCUACUUCCCAGCGUCGGCGCCGGUACCGUACCCCCAGCCCACUGCUGGGCCAGCCGGUAAUACCGGUUCCCCUACUUCCGGCUCGUCCGUCGCUACGGGGGUGCCGCCACCCCCACCGGGGGAACAGGGUGCAGCGUCCUCUUCGGAGAAGGAGAGCGGCGGUGCCUCGGAGACGCCUCCUUCGGGUGGAACCCCACCCCAGGCGCAGCCACAGCAGCAACCCCAGCCCCCCAUGGGAUUCGGCCCGCAGGGCCCCGCUCCCGGCUUCGGCCCCGGCUUCAGUCCGGGCUACUGCCCUCCGGGUCCUGGCUAUGGCUUCUACUACGGCUACAAUGGGAUGGCACCCAAUGGCGACGUUGGACCACACGGUCCGACACAGUUCAGCUCUGGCAUGCAGGGAAAGCAGGCUCCUGGUUCGGGCGGUGUCCGGUUUAGCCUGCCCAAGCGCGGCAAGUUUGGCGGGCGGGGUGGCAACCGCGCCAACGCCUUCCAGCAGCAGCGCAUGGCGCAGGGCAACAAUCAGCGGUCCGCCGCCGAUGCCACUCAGCGCCUCGAGGACUGCAUGGCCAACCUGACUCCACAUGGUGGGGACUGGCCUGAAAGCCUCAAGCGGUACGCCAUGCGUGCAUUUGGCAAGUGCAAGUCCGAGCUGGACCGUGACCAAGUGGAGAUUGUGCUCAAAGGCAAGCUGACCAAGAUGUACCGUGACGGUGCCAUGUGGUCCAUUGACUGGGACAAUGAGCCGCUGCCCAGCAUCCACAGCGAGCGUUUGCAACAGGAGCAGCAGAAGUCCGGGCCGGGUGCGGCGAUCGGUGUUUCGGGCCUAGACGGCGCAAAUAAUAAAGUUAGCGGUGGCACAGGGGUCGGCCUGUCGCCGCUGGGUGCGGCCUCUUCCAAGCUGUCUAGCCAGUCGUCCAAGCCCAGCAUGGGCUUGGGUCGGCGGCUCGGCGGUUUGAUGGCCGGCCGGCUGGGGCCCCAGACGACUCCCGCAGGUGGCGCCACGGGUGGCAGGCUCGCCUCCUCGGCCUCUCCCGCUGGAGGAAGCGGAGGAGACUCUCCGCCGGGUUACAUUCCGCUCAAGAGUGGCGGUGGAGGUCGCCGGGGCGGCGACUGGGGUCGAGGUUCUUCGUCGCGCAGGUCUCCGCGGUCUCGGUCUCGUUCGCGCUCCAGGUCCAGGUCGUGGUCGCCGCGGUCGCGCAGCCCUGCCCCAACACACGUGGCUCCGAGGGAUCGUCGGAAGAAGAGGCGUUCGAGCAGCUCCAUGGAGUCCAGCCCGAGCCCAGAGGUAACUCGCACGUCCAAAAAGGCUCUCAACUCCAGCGUCUCGUCCUACACUCACGGGGGCAACAACAGCAACGCCAACGGUGGCAAAAAGAAGUCUGGCCAGGGCAACCGCAAGGCCAACAAGAAGCAGAAGAAGCUGCUGCAGCAACAGCAGCAACAAAUGAUUCAGUUUCAGGUGGAGGAGGACAUGGCGACGACGGAGAAGCUCCAGAAGCGUGCGGCGCGCUUUCAGUCCGAGAUCUCUGCAGGCAAGAAGAAGCGGCCCUUCUCGCUGGUGCUGAGCAUCAACGCGGGACCCAGCCUGGGGCCUUCCUCUGGCGACGGGGAUGGCGACCUGGACUGGGAGUCGUUCCCCAGUUAA